AUGUCUGCCUUCAUUUUCUCGGGCUCCGAGCCUAAGCACUUCUCAUCCGGGGAAACCCGAAAGUCGCUCUUCAAGAACCUCUCACCACCUGCUCGCACCCAUUCUAUAUACCCUACCGUUCCUAUGAAAUCUUUACCUGCCAAAAACAAUGAUACCGGCAACAAGAUGGCCCCUCAGCGAACCUCUCCGCUUUCUGCCAUCCCUUCUCCCUCAUUUGGCGACUUGGACCUAGACUCGUUUAUGAAUUCUUUCAAUACGAAAUCUACCAUCCAAACAUCAUUCGACAUAUACACCUAUGACGAAGCGGAAGAGGAUCAGAUUACAUUCCCAUCCUACGAUGACGAUUGGUUUGAUGCCGUAGUCAAGGACCUGGAGCUGUCGAAUCGUCAGAGGGCAGACUCAGGGACGGAUUCUUCGGGUUCGAGUUUCUCGACCGUCAGCUCACCAAGAUCCGAGUCUCCGGAGCUUGCCAGUAGCAUUUCUGCUACUUCAUCUAGAGCUGGGACUCCUGAGCCUGCAGAUGAUCUUUGGGUGCAGCACAAGCAUAAAGAUGACAAUGCUAUCCGUGACGAGCCCGCCCGAUGCACCGAUUACUUAUCUCACGAGUGGGCAGAGGCGGAUCUUUGGGCGUCUUGGAAACAUGUCAGAAGGAAUAGUGAAGCGUACGAAAACGGCUGGAGACUUGAGAAUGCUGCGUGGAGAUCAUGGGCGAAGUUGACAAAUAGUUUGAAGACUGUCUCUCCGACGAUAAUCAACUGGCGCAAAGAUGCUGAUAACACUUGGCUAUAUGGCCCUUUUCAGAGGGCCUCGGAAGACGCUGUGGGAUUAUUGAAUCCCUCACCUAAACCAAAUCAUACACCCUUGGUAGUGCGAAGACCAACCAACAACCCCUAUCUGAAGCCAAUCCUAAAAUCUCCCUCACAGGACGCUGUCCGACCACCAUUGAAGACCAACUUGAGGAAGCGGAGUACAUCUGAAGUCAUGCAAGAGCGAUCAUUAUACACGGUGUCGCUUUUUAAACAGGCUGCUGCUGGCGUGCAAGACAAAAUUGAGCGAAGGCGCAAAAAGGGGCGUCAAAUCGCGCCAGCCAAGACAACAGACUCUGCGAAGAAGCAGGUGAAAUUUGCUAUGGCUGCUGAAUACAUCCCAACCGCGAUCACAGCUGAGAAGAAAAAACCAAGUGCCAAGAAGAGCCAAUCGAUACCGAAGUUCCCACCACCACCAACGAAAGCCAAGAAGAGCUCUCGCCGCUCCAAAUCAACAUCUGAUCUCAAAGUAUCCAUACCAUUCCCGAAUCUGAAGAAGUCCAAGACUAGUCUAAAUCUGCGGGCGAGCACUUCGCAGGCGUCCCCAUCCGAAACAGAUAGUGAGAAAAACAUAAAGGAAGUCGGAUAUUGGGGAUCGAGUAUCCUGCCCAUAUCACCAAUACAAGAGGGAAAUGUGGGCACACUAUUAACCCCAACCUCACCAAACACGGUCAGAGAAAGCCCUUCGUGCAGAGCUCUCCUUUCUGCAACAUUAAGUCGUCCGGACAGCAUGAUCGUGACGAAGGAUCACAAGCCAAGUCCCCAAAGUCCGCAAAGUCCGCAAACCUCACCGAUCGGGCCGAUUUAUAAUUGGAAGGUAUCAUCAAUAUCGUCAGGGACCCUGCGAUACCAAGAGGACGAGUACGAUAUCAUGGCUCGAACAAUGUUUGGCCCACACAGUACCAGCCAUGCGGACAUGGCGAUGGCCAGGUCCUUAAUGGGCCCAUACUAG